AUGAGUUGCAAAAUAAACUCCUUAAGCCCACCAUUUCCAUGCAAAUUGUGCACCAAGAAAUCAAAGUUUAGAAGAAGAAGAAGCACUAUCUUCUUUUCCUUUUCAAGUGAAAAACAGGAAAAUACCAUUUCCACAAGCAUUGAACCCUCAACAACCGAGUCUUACACUGUCAGUUUCAAGACAGAAAAGGGUUGCAAGCUUGGAAUUUCAAGGUAUCCUGACUUUGAGUAUGAUGCUGAAGGGGGAAUAGGAACUGGAGUUGGUGCGAAGGUCACAGAGAAUUCAACCGAAAAUGACCUUCCUGUUUCAUUUGAUCUUGAAACUUUGUAUAUUCCACCACUAACAAGUUCUACAACCAAGUUUCUUGGAUUGCCAUUGCCACCAUUUUUGAAGAUUGAUAUAGUUCCACAAGCAUUCCAAGGAAGUAUUAACCAAGAAUCUGGCAAGUUAUAUUUAGUUGCUUCAGUUAAAGUUCUUAAUCUUGGGUUGACUUUGGCAAAACAGAAAGUAUAG